CUGGUGGUUUAUUUCACUGAUACACCUUCACAAAACUACACUCGCUGUCGUAUAGGGAUUUUUAUUUAUUUAUUUAUUUUUGUUUUGUGAAAAGCUGGCAGCUUUGGUUUUUGUUCUGGUCACUCUUAAAUAUGUGCAACCCAAAAAAAAGAAGAAAAAGCAUUUAGAACACGAAAAGAAAUGUGUGGAAAACACAAAAUGUAUAACAAAAAUACAUAUGUUUUGAUAUUUUUAUUGUGUUUUUUUUUAAUCUCAUGUUCAGGGCUCCAUAAAAAAGCUCUGAAUUAGUUUAUUUUUAGCUCUGUCUUUAGCUGUCAACAUAAUUUUUAUUUAAAAACUGAUGGCGUCUUUAGGCCUUUUUCUCUUUUUAGCUAGCUUGCUAACUUCUCUGCUGAUGAGUAUGACGACAGACACACAGCUGCACUGCAUGAGUUAAUCAGCUCAAGGAAGUCUGUCAUGUUUGCUUAAAUCAGCGGAAGUUAUAUCUUAAUUUAGACGUUUUUUCUUUCAGAAUUUUAUUUAUAAGUUUUUUUUUUAAUAGCCAUUGUUUUGAAUUGAUAGCCCCCCUCUUUGCCCCCUCCCCUUCCACCUAUUAUUCCAGCAGAGAGCGGGGCCGUUUGAGACUCGGAGCCCGGUGACGUCAGCGGACUGAUCCAGCAGCUGUGGAGGCGAGCCGCGAGGAGGAGGAGGAGGAGGAGAAGGAGGAGAAGGAGGAGGAGAAGGAGAAAGAGAGACCGCCGCUUCUGGAGGUCGGACCGUGGAGCUCGCAGAGGGAUUUUUCAGUUCGGACCGCUUUGCGUUCGAGUUUUUAAAGGAUGCCACACUAAUGAGAGACGAUCGACCUCUAAAUGACUACAGCACAAACAUCACACCUGAACAUCAGCAGUCCACAGUAACGGCGGAAGAUUGGCAGGUAACCAGGGGGGCCUCAGUGACUUACAUUUUCCACUAUGAACCGCGCCUUCAACAGGAAAAAAGAUAAAUCAUGGAUGCACACCCCGGAGGCUCUGGCCAAGCACUAUAUACCGUACAACGCCAAGUUCCUGGGAAACACUGAGGUUGAAGCCCCUAAAGGCACCGAAGUUGUGAAGGAUGCAGUGAGAAAGCUGAAGUUUCAGAGACACAUCAAGAAGUCAGAAGGUCAGAAGAUCCCAAAAGUGGAGCUUCAGAUCUCCAUUUAUGGAGUGAAGAUUUUGGAUCCCAAGACAAAAGACGUGGAGCACAACUGUCAGUUACACCGGAUAUCCUUCUGUGCGGAUGACAAGACCGAUAAAAGGAUAUUUACGUUUAUCUGCAAAGACUCGGAGUCUAACAAACACCUGUGUUAUGUGUUUGACAGUGAGAAAUGUGCAGAAGAGAUAACUCUAACCAUCGGCCAGGCCUUUGAUCUGGCAUACAAAAAGUUCUUGGAGUCAGGCGGUAAAGACGUAGAGACCAGGAAACAGAUCGGAGGCCUGCAGAAGAGAAUUCAGGAACUGGAGACGGAAAAUGCUGAGCUAAAGAAGCAGCUCCAGGAUCUGGAGGAGCAGCUGAUGAUAGCUCAUGUUCCACCACAGCUGCACAUAAAUGCGAGUAAUGAGGCGUACAUGCUGCAGAGGCCCUCCUCUCUCUUCUGGUGCCACAGCAUCAAGUCGCUCUCCUGUCUGGAAAUCUCCUCUGUCACACUCACUCCUAUGAGCUCGCCGGAGUCCAACCUCUCCACAGGGUUACUAACUCCUCCACCUGCCAAACCUGCUCUCCCUAUCCCUAAAGCUAGCGAGGGGUGCAGCAUCCCGCGGCCUCGCGUGGGGAGCAUCUCUACAAAACCACAGUCCACAGACAUUUUCGACAUGGUCCCCUUCUCGCCGGUGACGCCGCUGGUCCCCGUGCCAGCCAGCAACGGCUGCCCACCUCCUCCACCGACCACGCUGCCGCCUGACAUAAGUAAAGACCUGUUUGGUGCAGAGCCCUUCGAUCCGUUCACCUGCGGAGCCGCAGACUUCCCCCCAGAUAUUCAGUCCAAGCUGGAUGAGAUGCAGCGUCAGAGAUGGAGGGGUUCAAAAUGGGACUAACUCUGGAGGGCACCGUCUUCUCUCUGGACCCGCUGGACGGCCGCUGCUGAUGCCGAGAAGACCCUUUGAGGCCGACUUUUAACUCGUUUGUAUGAAGAAGUGCCAAAACCCUGUCCGAUGUCAAAGGUCAACCCCCCCAAUCCCUUUUCCAUUUUGAGUUUUGUAAACAUUUGCAUUGGAAUUGGUUUUCAAGGUAAACUCUGAUUCAAUAUAGAAGAGAGCUAUUUUUGUAAUAAAGAUGAGAGAAGGAGUACUUCCCAGUACUUUUUAACUGCACAGUCCUGAUGUAAAUAGUGGGAUACGUCCAGUGGUACACUGUGUGGCAGAGUCUCCAUAAGUGUGUAUGUGUGUGUACACCAGCUGAGUUCUGUACCGUUAACACAUUCCUGCUUGUUGUUGAACUAAAAAAAAAAUGUUGGGAUUUGUUUCAGUGACAGUUCUUUUUUUUAACUAUAACCUCAAAUAUUUUUGUUUACUCAGCAUUAAUUCACUUUAACACAUUUACUUUAAAUUUGUACUUUGACUUUCUUCUUCUUACUGACAUCUCCGGGUUUUUUUGGCACAUUUUUAUGAUCUGUCAUUUUAAUAUUUUACUUUCUUUUAACUUUUUCAUCCAAUUUCCUUUUAUUUUUUUUUCAUUUUGCUCCGCCCCUUUUCUUCUCUUUAUUUUCUCUUAUGCAGAACAUUUCUGUACUUUUGGUCGUAUUGACUUUAAUGUAACAGUUAUUAAAGAAACUCCUACUGGAAAGAAAA